UCCUCCCUCGCGUUCCGCCCCGGCCGGGCGCGCUGCCGGCAGCAUGGCGGGGGAGGCGGGCGGCGCCGCGCUGGGCCGCGCGGCCGACAAGCUCUUCUCUCUCAGCGGGCUCUUCGCCGUCCGCAAGCCCAAGGGACCCACCUCGGCCGCCGUGCUCAACCUGCUCAAGGAGAGGCUGCUGGCAGAAGCUGGUGUGCAAACAAAAGGGAACAAAAGAAAUCAGGUUUUGAAAAUUGGACAUGGAGGAACUUUGGACAGUGCAGCCACAGGAGUUCUGGUGGUUGGUAUUGGAAAAGGAACAAAGAUGCUGGGGACUAUGUUGGCAGGUUCCAAGAAGUACACUGCCAUCGGAAUGCUGGGCAAGGCUACUGAUACAUUAGAUGCUACAGGAAAAGUAACUGAAGAAAAACCUUAUGACCAGGUAACAAAAGGAGAUCUUGAAAAUGUUCUGCAAAAGUUCACAGGGGACAUCAUGCAAGUUCCCCCACUCUAUUCUGCUUUGAAGAAGGAUGGAGAAAGGCUUUCAACUCUGAUGAAGAGAGGGGAAGCAGUGGAAGCAAAGCCUGCUCGGCCAGUGAGAGUGUACAGCCUUUCUCUCCAGCAGUUCCAGCCACCACUGUUCACGCUGGGUAAAGAUGUUGAAUGUGGUGGUGGCUUUUAUGUCAGGAGCCUGGUCAAUGACAUUGGCAAAGAGCUCUCCACCUGUGCCUCGGUGCAGGAGCUGACGCGCACCAAGCAGGGGCCGUUCACGCUGGAGGAACACGCCCUGCACGAAGACAAGUGGACAAUUGAUGAAAUUGCUCAGUCCUUGGAGCACUGCACAGCCCUGCUCCUGGGAGAGCCAGCUCGGAAAAAAUUGAAGACAGAGCAUCCAGGUGAAACUGCUGCGAUCUGUGAGGAUAAGUGAUAAGUUGGAUCAAGGAAAAAGACUGGAUGAUUGAGAUGUUUUAAGAUUGGACUGGGAUUGUCUCGCCUCCUGUGUAAAUCUGCAAGUCUCUGCUGGGAAGGUGACAAACUGCAACACAAGAGAAAUGGUUCUUUUGUUUCCUGGGGUUAGAAUGUGCACUGAAAAUAUUCAGUGCUAAGUGUUUCUUGAUUGUUUAUUUUCCUUCUUGCACGCUGUAACUGAUGCCAAAUUUUUAUAGACUUUUGAAGAACUUUUAGGGUGCAAGAUGGCUGCUGUAGAGAAUUCCUCAAUAAAAAAAUUAUUUACAAUAA